GUGAGAGAGGAAGAACAAAGUCUGUGUGUGUUGUGUGUGAGAGGAAGAACAAAGUCUCUGUGAGAGAAAGAACAAAGUCUCUGUGUGUGUGUGUGUGUGUGUGAGGAAGAACAAAGUCUGUGUGUGAGAGGAAGAACAAAGUCUUUGUGUGUGUGUGUGUGAGAGAGAGGAAGAACAAAGUCUAUGUGUGUUGUGUGUGAGAGGAAGAACAAAGUCUUUGUGAAAGGAAGAACAAAGUCUGUGUGUGUGUGUGUGUGUGAGGAAGAACAAAGUCUGUGUGUGAGAGGAAGAACAAAGUCUUUGUGUGUGUGUGUGAGAGAGAGGAAGAACAAAGUCUGUGUGUGUUGUGUGUGAGAGGAAGAACAAAGUCUGUGUGUGUGUGUGUGAGGAAGAACAAAGUCUGAGCAAAAGCACUCGAGUGAUAAUGAUUGCAAAAAACAAAAAUAGGCUGCUUUAACUACUUUUUACUCGGAAUCUUUUCUUUAGUGUAACUUUUGAGAAAGUUAUUCUACUUACCUUCCCAUGGGACUAUAUAUUAAAGUGCAAUCAAAAUUAAAAAUCACAUCUCAUCUUCCACACAAUUUUAAAACCAUAAUCAUGAUGAAGGAAAAUUUCUGUGCUAUGCUUGUUCUAGUUGCAAUAUUAUUUGUUGGAGCUGUACAGUUCUGUUCCGGUGGGAACACAAGUUUUAGCUGUAUAGAAAGGGAGAGAGAAGCUCUUUUGAAGUUGAAACUUUGUUUCAAUGAUUCAUCCCAUAUGUUGUCUUCUUGGAAAGGCAAUGAUUGUUGUGAAUGGAGAGGAGUAGGCUGUGACAAAAGUAGCAGCCAUGUUGUCUCACUUCAACUCAGGGGAUCGAUAUCUGAUGAUCAACACAAAUUGUACUUGAUUGAUAAUAAUGUACAGGAGGUUGUUUCAAGUUUGCUUAAGUUGAGAUACUUGGAGCACCUGGACUUGAGCGGAAACGACUUUAAUUGCAGCCUUAUUCCACCCUUCUUUGGCUUGAUGAAGCAGUUAAGGCACUUAAAUCUCUCAAAUAUGCACUUCAGAGGAAGAAUUCCUAGUGAACUCGGAAAUUUGACAAGGCUUCGUGUUCUUGAUCUCUCUAAUGGAGCAUUGGAGGUUGAUGAUCACAUUCAAUGGAUUUCUCAUCUCUCCUCUUUGCAACAACUUGAUAUGAGUAGAGUAAGUCUAAGUAAUGCAUCAUCAAACUUGUUCCAGGUACUUGGCAUGCUUCCUUCUUUGUCAUGGAUAAGCCUAUCAAAUUGCCAUCUCAACAAUUCUCACCUACUUUUUGGUAGCCAUCCCCUUAAUUUUACAUUUUUUAGAAAUGUUCAACACUUUGAUCUUUCAUUAAACUCUUUUCAAGGUCCAAUACCUAUUUUUCUUCGAAACAUUACUUCCUUGACAUUUAUCAAUCUUUCACGUAAUGAAUUUGGUCUUAUGGUUGAUUGGUUGGGGGACCUCAAAAGGUUGAGGUACCUUGAUCUUAGCUGGAAUGCAUUUGUCGGUUCAAUCCCAAGUUCUCUUGGGACAAUUUCAACCUUAAGAGAGUUGUAUCUUUCAGGAAAUAAGUUGAAUGAGACUAUUCCUAUGUGGAUUGGGAAAUUGUUGGCCAUCCGAAAAUUAAUUCUUUAUAGUAAUCAAUUGAGGGGGAGUGUUCCGAAUAGCAUCGGGCAACUUUCUGAAUUAGAGAUGAUAGAUUUUUCUAAGAAUUUAUUGAGUGGGAGUAUUCCAAAUACCAUCGGGCAACUUUCUAAGUUAGAGAUAAUGGAUCUUUCUGAGAAUCAAUUGAGUGGGAGUAUUCCAAAUAGCAUGUCAGGUUCACACAAGUUAAGCCACCUCAACUUGUCCUACAACAACUUGUCAGGGCCAAUUCCGAUUGGUAAUCAGCUCCAAACACUCAAAGAUCCAACCAUUUAUGUUGGCAAUCCUCAACUUUGUGGAGCUCCACUCAUGAAGAAAUGUUUAGAUGAUGUGUUGCCUCCAACAACUACAUGAUCCAAGGACAGCAAAGAAGAUGCCAUUGAAAAAAUGUGGUUUUACAUUGUGGUGAUGUCAGGCUUUGCAACUGGAUUUUGGGGAGUUAUGGGAACAUUAAUUUUUAUGAAAAGCUGGAGAUAUGCUUAUUUCCAAUGGGUGGAUGAUGUUAAGGACUGGAUCUUUGUAGUUAUAAAAUUGAAAGUGGUACGAUUUAAGAAGAUAUAUUAAGUGGAAAAGCAGAAGAUCAGUGAGUCAUUUAUUGAGUAUGUUUUUAUUGCUACAUUUGUUACUAAGUUAUGUUUUAAAUUAGUACGUCUUGUUGUAUUGUGUGAAGUUUUUUUAAUUCCCAUUUGUGUACUGUAGGUUUGUCUCCAUGUUUAUGGGGACUAUUUAAUACUAAAUACUAAAUAAAUUAGCAUGCUGGUUGUAUUGUGUGAAGUUUUUUAAUUCUCAUUUGUGUAUUGUAGGUUUGUCAAUUGUCUCCAUGUUUUUGAGGUUGAAAUAUCUUUGUUCUGUAUAAAUAAAUGAAAAAAUAGCCA